AUGUCCUACAAUCCAAACCAGUCCAACAACAAUGGCGGUUAUCAUCCAAGAAAAAGCUAUUACAAAAAUCCACAAGCACCUCAGUUUGUUUAUCCUCAAGCUCCAGCAGCAGCAGGCUAUCCAGCAGAAUAUUUAGGUGCUUAUCAACAAGCUUAUCAAUAUUAUCCAAAUCCUCAAGCUCAAUAUUAUACAACCGCCUCAGCAGCUCCUGGUGCUCAAUAUGUUCCAGUUUCAGCUCCAUCUCCUUAUUCUGGUCCUCAUCCUCUUAAAAUAACGGACGCAAAAGGUGAUUCAGUUGAUCUUAGACAGUUUAACUCUCCAGGUUAUACACCAAAAUCAAAUGCUGCCAGUUUGAAUAGAUCAUCAAAUCCUUCAACUCCAAAAGCUCCAGGCGCCACUGUUUCUUCAGCUUCUUCUUCUCCAUAUGCUCAUCAAAGAACUUCAAGUAUCAGUUCCGCUAAGAAUUCAUCAACUGCUCAUGAUGAUUCAAUUGAAAAAUUAAAAGAAUCAUUUAGACAACAAAUUCAAGCUAGAGCUCAAAAAGCUAAAGAAAGCAAAAGUACAUCUACACCUGUUGAAGCUACAAAGAAAGUUGAAGAAAAAUCUGCUACUAGCUCACCUGCUUCAGUUCCAGUUUCAACAUCUACUUCUACUCCAGCUCCAGCUCCAGUUGCAGAAAAAGUUAAAGAAGAAAGUUCUAAAAAAGAAUCAACACCUGUUAAGGAAGAAACUAAAGUUGAAUCAAAAGUUGAUGACGCUGAAGAACAAAGAAGAAAAUUCAGAGAAUCUAUUGCUGCAAAGACAAAGAAAUUAGAAGAAGAAAAGAAAGCAGCUUCAAAAGCUUCAACUCCUGAACCAAGUACUGAAGUUUCAACUAAAGCAGAAGAAUCUAAAGAUGAAGCUAAAAAAGAAGAAUCUACAUCAAAGACUGAAGAACCAGUCACUGCAGCACCAGCAUCAGCACCAGCACCAGAAGCAGAAGCAACUAAAUCUACUACAGAACAAGAAGAACCUGUUGAAGUUAAAAAAGAGGAACAAACUGAACCAGUUUCUGAAACUAAAUCUGUUAGCAUUGAAGAACCAAAAGUCGGAGAAAAAGAAUCAUCAUCUACAUCAACACAAGAACAAUCAGAAACAAAACCACAAGAUGAAACUUCAAAAACUGAUGGUGAAGCUGAAGAAACUCCAAAAGAACCAGUUGAUACAUUUACUAUCAGUCGUUAUUUGGAAACAGUUAAUGCUGCUUCAGAUAUUGAUCCAUAUACAUUUGAAUACUCUGAAAACUUGGUUAAAUUAACAGAAACUGAUAGACCAUCUGAAUCAUCUGAAAAGAAAUAUAGAUAUCAUCCAGGAUUUUUAAUGCAAUUUGCUGAUGUUGUCAAAUUCCCAGUUGAUGAAGAAUUUAAAGAAAAAAUUAAAUUCAUUCAAAUUAGUGAAAAAGGUGGUAAUAGAUCAUUCUCAAAAGGUGGUCAAGGUGGUCAAUUUAGAUCAGGCUUUGGUCAAGGUUCCAUUGGUGGUGGUUCAGGUUCAGGAUUUGCUAAAUCUGCUUCAUCAAGAGGUGGUAAAUUUGACCUCAAUUCAAGAUCAAACUCCAGACAAAACUCUAAAAGAAAAGGUGGCUCUGGUAGAAAUGAUAGAAAAUCUAAUAGGAACAGAGAUAGAGAAGUUGAAAAAGAACCUGAAGUUCCAGCUGAACCUGUUAAACCUUUAGAAAAAUCUGCUACUAGAUGGAUUCCAAAAUCAAGAUUAAAGAAAGCUGAAGAUGUUAAAUUAGCACCAGAUGGUAAAACAGUUAUCUUGGAUCAAGAUGAAGUUAAUAGAAAAGUUAAAUCAUUCUUAAAUAAAUUGACAUUAGAAUAUUUUGAAGAAAUUUCAAAUGAUAUUAUAAAUAUUGCUAAUCAAUCACAAUGGGAAACUAAUGCAGAAACAUUGAAACUUGUUUUAGAAUUAACUUUUGCUAAAGCUUGUGAUGAACCACAUUGGUCUUCAAUGUAUGCACAAUUCUGUGCUAAAAUGUGUAAAGAUGUUAAAGAUGAAGUUAAAGAUGAAGAAAUUAAAGAUAAAUCAGGUGAACCAGUUACAGGUGGUAUUUUAGUAAGAAAAUUAUUAUUAACUAGAUGUCAAACAGAAUAUACUAAAGGUUGGGCUGAUAAAUUACCAGCAAAUGAAGAUGGUAGUCCACUUGAACCAGAUAUGAUGACUGAUGAAUAUUACCAAGCCGCUGCUGCUAAGAGAAGAGGUUUAGGUUUAAUUAGAUUUAUUGGUCAUUUAUAUGUCUUAGGUUUAUUAUCAGAUCCAAUUAUUUUAACAUGUAUUGCUGAUCAAAGUAAGAACACUACUGAUCCAUCUGAAGAUGCUGUUGAAAAUUUGAUUCAAUUGAUCAAGACUGUUGGUCCAAGAUUAGAUACACAUGAAAAUGCAACUUAUAAGGGCCGUUUUGCUCAAUGUUUCCAACAAGUUCAUGAAAUGAUUAAGAAUGCUAAGAUUUCAUCAAGAUUAGAAUUUAAAUUGAUGGAUUUAGUAGAUUUAAGAAGAAGACGCUGGCAAGGUGGUGAAUCUGAUGCUGGUCCAAAGACUAUUCAACAGAUUCAUCAAGAAGCUGAUUUAAAGAAACAAGAAGAUGAAAAAAACAGCAGAGAUCGUAGAAAUCAAAGCAGAGGUGAUUCAAGACAAAACUCAUCAAAAGCAUCAUGGGGUAGUCAAAGAGUUUCUUCAAAUGAUAUUAGAAAUAUGGGUCAUGUUAGAAAUUCUAAUGCAUCAUCAUCUGGUCCAACUAAUAAUUUCACAAGAGCUAAAUCUUUAAGAGGAUCAGCUAGACAACCAUCACAAAAUGUUAAUUCAGAAAACUCAUCUAAUUCUAAUUCUACAGCACCAGUAACUGCAAGCCCGUUAAGUGCUAGAGAAAAUUCUAAAAAAGCAGAUACACCAGCUGUUAAUAGUUUUAAUGCAUUAAUGAAUGAUGAAAGUCAUAAAGAUGACGAAUCUGAUGGGGAACAACACCAAGAAGAAGAAACAGAAAAGGAAUCUGAAGAACCAGUUUCUGAAACUGUUGCUGAUUCUGAAGAACAACAAGAACCAUCAAAUGAAACAACCGAUGAAGUUGAAUCUAAAGAGGAAGAAUCAACUAAUUGA